CACUGCCGGGCGGCGGCGGAAGCGGACGGGCCGCGGCGUCGAAGCGACACGGACGGACCGGGAGGCGCCGCCGUUCUACCGCCCCGCGCACCCGCCCAGCCGACAUGAGUGACCAGCAGCUGGAUUGUGCCUUGGAUUUGAUGAGGCGUCUGCCUCCACAGCAGAUAGAGAAGAAUCUCAGUGACCUCAUUGACUUGGUCCCCAGCCUGUGUGAAGAUCUCCUCUCCUCUGUGGAUCAGCCCUUGAAGAUUGCACGAGACAAGGUGGUAGGGAAGGAUUAUCUAUUGUGUGACUACAACAGAGAUGGGGACUCCUACAGGUCACCGUGGAGCAACAAGUACGACCCUCCCCUGGAGGACGGUGCCAUGCCCUCGGCUCGCCUGCGCAAGCUGGAGGUGGAAGCCAACAAUGCCUUCGACCAGUACAGAGACUUGUAUUUUGAAGGUGGAGUCUCCUCUGUCUACCUCUGGGAUCUGGAUCAUGGCUUUGCCGGGGUGAUCCUCAUUAAGAAAGCUGGAGAUGGAUCAAAGAAGAUUAAGGGAUGCUGGGAUUCCAUCCACGUGGUGGAGGUUCAGGAGAAGUCCAGCGGCCGCACUGCCCAUUACAAGCUGACCUCCACAGUGAUGCUGUGGCUGCAGACCAACAAAACCGGCUCUGGUACCAUGAACCUGGGGGGGAGCCUCACCAGACAGAUGGAGAAGGAUGAGACUGUGAGUGACUCCUCUCCACACAUAGCCAAUAUCGGCCGCUUGGUAGAGGACAUGGAAAACAAAAUCAGAAGUACACUGAAUGAGAUUUAUUUUGGAAAAACAAAGGACAUCGUUAAUGGGCUGAGGUCUGUGCAGACUUUUGCAGACAAAUCAAAACAAGAAGCUCUUAAAAACGACCUGGUGGAGGCUUUGAAGAGAAAGCAGCAAAGUUAAAGUUCUGUCUGUGCUAACCAGCCAUGCCAUGCACUCGUUAGAUUCCUUUCCUAGAGAAUCAUCCCCGCCCUUUUCUGUUGGUCACGUCACGAUUUGCAUCCAAUACUCUCCAUGCAGCGCCAUCCUCUCCCCAUGAAUAAAGCUGUACAAACUUUUUCAGUCUCUGAGGCCUACUUUGCACCACAUUUUACUAUCAAGAUGUUAGGCUAUGUUUCUGUAGAAGUCCAUGUAUUAUUUUUUUCUUCCCCCCCCUCCCUUUCCCACCCUCCCCCAUUUAUAUACAUCACCACAGAUCAUUGUUUGUCUUUUCCUCCCUCACCCCCUCCUGCCUUUUGUUACAUUGGUGUAAAAAAUGUAAAACAAAAAUUUAUUAAAUACUGUGGUGUGUGAAAGAGGAAGAACUGGAAAAACAAAAAAAAAAAAAAAGAAAAAAAAGAAAAAUAAUCUAUUCCACGUAUGUUUGGGGGCUGGGCACAGGGGCUGGCUGGAGGGAGGGAGUGAAGAGAGGGUGUUCCUUGGGGUUGUACAAUACUGAGUAACCCAGAUGGUGAUUUGGAGACCUGCUGAAAGUUCUGCUCUUCUAUAGCCUGGUUCCAAGGCGCUUUUCUGUCAAUUUUUAUGGAAUGCAAAAGGGGUUUUUGUUUUGAUUUUUUGUUUUUUUUGUAAAGCUUAAAUUGAAUCUACAUCUGAUACUUGAGCCUCCAUACUAAAAAAUGGAAAAAAGAAAAAAGAAAAAAAAAAGACUAAAACAAUAAAAACAAAAAAAAUCCCAGGAA